UUUAUGUACGAGGACCUAUCCAAACUGAUUGUUUCAAGACGUAAUUCUGAUGAAUUUUCGCAACAGAGUGACAGCACUCCGUUAAUGCAGGCUUGUAAUUGUGGACAUGCCGAUGUUGUUAGAACUUUGAUUCAAGCCGGAGCUGAUGUUAAUGCUUUAAGUUCAACACGAGAUACUGCAUUACUUUAUGCUUGUGCUUCUGGACACCUUGAGUGUAUUAAAGAUUUAGUCAACUCUGGGUGUUGUGAUUUAACUUUACGAAACGAGGCAGGACAUGAUGCAUUAAUGGAAGCAGCAAACUUUGGAGAUGUUGAAAUAAUGAAAUUUUUGAUUGAGCAUGGUGCAAAGCCUUCAUACACGAUGGAUGGCGCUGAUUAUAAGGAGUCUGCACUAACACUAGCCGCAUAUAAAGGCCAUUGUGAAGCUGUUGAUUUUCUUCUUUCGUUGAUGCCCAAGGAAAAAAAUGCUCAGGAUGAGGAAGAACUGCACACUGCUUUGAUGGAAGCAGCAAUGGAUGGACAUGUGGGUGUAGCUAAAUUAUUGCUGGCUGUUGGCUCUAAAGUUAAUUUGUCUACUGAAUCCUUUGAAAAUCCUUUAACAUUGGCUUCUUGUGGUGGUCAUCUUGAAUAUGUUACACUUCUUUGUGACGCUGGUGCCAUUAUAGAAGAGGCAAAUGAUGAAGGUUUUACUCCUUUGAUGGAAGCAAGUCGCGAGGGUCAUUACGAUGUAGUUAAAUAUUUGUUGGAUCGAGGUGCAAAUGUUAAUGCCAAAACCGGAGAUGGGCUUGAGACUUCGCUUACUUUAGCUUCUUCGGGAGGAUUCUUAAAUAUUGUUGAAUUACUUGUUAACAGUGGUGGCGAUUUAACACUCGGAGACCGUACGCCUCUUUAUGAAGCUUGUCAAGAAUGCCGCGUAGAAGUGUGCAAAUUUAUUAUAAAUUGUUUGCAAAAAUCUCACCCGUUAUCCGAGAUUCAAAAAGACCUUAACGAAGCUUUAUUUUGUGCUGUGAGUAUUGGAAAUGAAGAGUUGUGUGAUCUAUUAAUCGAAUCUGGAGCUCAAAUUGACUGUUUUUCCAAGGAAAAUCGAACUCCUCUUAUGGAAGCAAGUCGACAGAACUUUCUGAACAUUGUUGAAUUACUUAUUAAGAAGGGAUCUGAUGUAAACAAGAUAGCCCCCAGUAUCAACAAGGAUUUAGAACCAGCUACCAGAUGUUCACUUAAAUCAAAUAAAAACUCUAAGAAAUUAACACAAAAGGAUUGUUGUCCUGCAUUAAAAUGCCCGUGUUGUAUUCCUCCUUCGCUUCAAAAAAGUGCAAAAGAAGUAUGUACUGCUGCUGGAAUUACUACUGGGCCAUAUUCUACAGCAAAUUCUCAAAUAAACAUGGCCACGAUGUCGUUUUCUUCUGUUUGUUCUCACUCAACUGUUAAUCCCUCGAAUGCGUCAACAGGAGGGAAACGACAUGCAGCACCGAGUCGUAGCAGUUCGCCAAACACAAACAAAUGCACGAAGUCAGCAUCUAACAAAGGAAAUCAUGUAUCUGCAGCACAUAGGCAUCAACGUUCAUUAAGCACAAGCAGCAGUAGUGCUACACUUUCAGAUCCUUCUGCAUGGAUGGAAAAUGCAACGGCAUGUGAUACACAAAAUAAUGACACUGCUCUAACACUUGCUUGUGAUGGAGGACAUAAAGAACUUGUCUCACUGCUGAUUAAACGUGGCGCACACUUAGAACAUCGUGACAAAAAGGGAUUCACUCCUUUGAUUUUAGCAGCCGCUAGGGGACAUGAAGAAGUUUGCAGACUUCUCAUUGAGGGAGGUGCGCAAGCAGAUGCUCAGGCAGACAGAACCAAAGACACAGCUCUCUCUAUGUCUUGUAGUGGUGGAAAAAGCAACGUAGUUGCAUUACUACUUAAGCAUGGGGCAAACAAGGAACAUAGAAAUCUGAGCGAUUAUACACCUUUAUCACUUGCUGCUUCUGGUGGAUAUGUGGAUGUUAUACAACUUUUGCUUACACAUGGAGCAGAAAUCAAUUCGCGAACAAACUCAAAGUUAGGCAUUUCUCCCCUGAUGCUUAGUGCAAUGAAUGGACACGAAGAGGCGACUAGAGUUUUAUUGGAAAAUGGUUCAGAUAUUAAUGCUCAAAUUGAAACGAACAAAAAUACUGCAUUAACAUUAGCCUGUUUUCAAGGACGUGUUGAAGUGACUCGAUUGUUGAUUAGUCAUGGUGCCAAUGUUGAACAUCGAGCAAAAACUGGUCUUACACCUCUCAUGGAGGCUGCUAACGGUGGAUAUGUUGAAGUUGGACGGGUUCUACUUCAAUCUAAUGCUGAUGUUAAUACUUCUCCUGUACCCACUAGUCGAGAUACGGCACUUACUAUUGCUGCAGAUAAGGGUCAUCAUGCGUUCGUAGCACUUCUACUAGACUAUGGAGCACAAAUUAAUGCACGAAACAAGAAGGGCUGUACCGCAUUGUGGUUAGCCUGCAGUGGAGGACAUUUGGAAACGACGAAAGUGUUAGUAGAUUAUAAAGCUGACACGGAACUGCUAGAUAAUCGGAAAUUGACUCCUCUAAUGAUUGCAUUUCGGAAGGGGCAUUUUAAAGUUGUUGAGUAUCUGGUUGAACAUGUGCUACAGUUUCCAAGUGAUGGAGAUUGUCAACGAUUCAUUCUAUCACAAACUGAUCAGGAUUUAAUUAACAAAUGCACAAAAUGCUUGAUAUCUAUCAAAGAAGCAAAGGCUAGGCAGGCAGAACAAGCGAACAAAGCAGCAGCCUCUUUGUUGGAGAUGUUGGCAAAAGAGGAAGCUUUGGAAGAGUCAAAGAAGCGUACAAAACAACGUCAGAAGGAAAAGAAAAAGGCCAAAAAGCAAGCGAAAAAGGAUGAUGAAGAUAAUUGUAUUAAUGAAAAUGAAGUGAACAAUGAAUUUGAAAAGCUAUCAAUAAAGCCUGAGGAAUCAGUAGCCACAGAAAAUUUAUCAAUUCGGCAACAGAAAUCCAUAAAUCAAAAAUCCAAUAACUUAGCAAACAACUUUCAAGCUGGAAAUUGUGAAGAUCAAAAGAUGUCGAUUAAGCAGGGGAAAGAGAAUCUUAAGAAUUCUAAUGGGGUAGCUACAACUAAAACUGUAAAACGAACAAGAGGAACGUCAAAAAAAGAGAAUAUUAACGAAGAUGUCUCUAUCUCAACUACUGCAUCAAAUCAUUUUAGUUCUGCAGCUAUUAUUUCAAAGAACUCUGAAGAAGAAGUAGAAUGGCAUUCUGCAAACAAAAAGAAAUCCAUUGUUAACAAGCCUGCCGAACCAAAACCCAGUGCUUCUACUCAUUCCAAUAGUGUGGUGACAACGAAAACUGAUGUUUCUGAUAAAACUGAUGCCACUUCUCGAGCUUCUCCAACAACUCAUUCAAUAACACAAAUUCCUCCACUUUUUCCUGAUGACGUUUUUUUAAAUGAAAAUCUAAGUGCAGUUGGAAGCCGUAGACCAUCAUUACAGGUGUUAAACAUUGCAUCAAGUUCAAUUCCUCGUGUAAUCGGUCGUGGCGGUUCAAAUGUAAAUACAAUUCGUGAGGCUACGGGUGCCCAUGUAGAAGUAGAGAAGCAGUGUCUGCGUAAGGAGCAAACAACGCGCAAGAUCACAAUUAAAGGCGCUCCAGAGGCUGUUAAAAAUGCUAUUAUGAUGAUCGAUUUGUUGAUGAAGGACCACAAUAUGCUGGUCACGGAUAUUGUUGAUCGUGUUAUUUCAAGUACGUCAACAAGCAAGUCACCUUCAUUUUCCGCUUCUACGGAAACAAAUACGACAAACACAGAAGUUUCUAAACAUCAUCCGAUAACAUUUAAAGAAGAAGUGCAGAAAUCACCCAAGCAGGUACCAAGAAUUAUUGGUGCUACAACAACAGCAACAAUUGCUAUGAAUAAUUCACCAAGUUAUACUAAAACUUUGAAGGCCACCAUUCCGUUAAAUGCAUCAGUAGCGCAAAAAACUCCACCUACAAACAUUUGGCAAAAAAGAGCUGAAGCCAUUCGUGAAAAGAAAAAUCCACAGCUCAACCUUACUAUUGGAGAGAAGCCUUUUAUCAAUUACUCACAUGAUGUCGCACAUUCAACGUUCGGUUCGUCAAGUGUGAUUUGCAAUAACGAGCUAAAAUCUACAGUUGGGAAACAACAGGGAGUUGAAACAUCUGACGAUACUGGUGAACUAGCUGCUCUUACAAAAGAGGAACACCAACGCAAAGCUCCUGGUUAUGCUCGCCCACAAUCUUCAAUGAUUUCAAUGAAUUAUUUACAUAACAAUUACAAUGAAAAGUUGACAAAUCCACCAGUGGCGCCGUCUCUGUUUGAUACAAUAGCUGCACGUUGGACUACAAACGCCCUCGACGUCGUGGAAGAAUCUGAUUCGGCUGUAACUGGAGCUAUACAAAAUAGUUGGAGUUAUUUACUAGAGGAACGAAAAAAUGCUUCACCACAACUUAUUUCUAACAUUGCUGGUGUUAGUAUCCCUCCCAAUACAUCUAACAUAACAUCUGAAAAAUCAAAUAGGACAGAGUCACUAUGGAACGUCAAUAAUGGUGGAACACCAACUCAUAAACAGCAAUAUUUGCCCGGUAUACCGAAUGCAAACUCUUUGGAUAAUGGUUCCACAAAUUCUUCAUCACUUUCCACCCAAGCAAAACCGUUUAUGGUCAGUUUAAAAAACCUUUAA